CUUGUGUGGCUUGUUGUAAGUACGGUACGGUCGAUGGUAGAAAGUGAAAUGUGAACAUUUUUACUUUUUAAAACCAAACUGAAAUUCCGAUAAGACUGAACCAGUGUACACUUAACGUUGUAAGAUAGAGUUUGUUUACUAAAUACAGUGUCUUGUGCAUUUAAAGGAUAAUAAAUACUAAUUGAAAAAAGAUGUGGAAAAUAUCAUUCUUGUUUAUUAUAUUACCUCUUAUUGUUAACGGUGCUUCCGAUAACAAUAAUGUUCAAAUGACCAGAACAUCUAUUAAAGUAGCCAGAAAUCUAGAUCCCGAUGCCAUGGAAACGUUAGAAGUAAAAACUCGAACGGGAGACAUUGCCACCAUAGUUGUAAAGAAACGUGAUGGUAGACAACAAUUUACAGAAUCAACACCCAAACCAGACUUACAGUUGGUAUCAAUAAGUAAUGGAAAUACACCUAAAGUACCAGAUCCUGUCGUCAUACGAUCGGAUUCGGUCUUUGUUAAAAACCAAAAAGAUGAGGAAAAAAAAUCUAGAAGUCUUUUUCAUGUGGAUUCCGAUGGUAUACCUGUCAUUACAGGGGUUAGAGAACCCGAUGAUGAAAAUGACACACAGGUUUGGAGAAACGCAAGGGUUAUCAACGGUAUUUUAGUUCCAAAUACAAAUAAAACUAAUCAACACGUUGUAAAAGAAGAAUAUAAGCCAGUUGCUCCAAUGUUCAAUGGCGUUUGGCAAGUGUACAAGAAAAAACCUGAGCUAGAAAAGACUCAAUCUAUUAAUAGUAACGAACAGCAGCAAUUUACGGCAGAACGAAAUACGUAUGAUGAAAAAUAUAUGACAGAUAAGAUCCUUGGAUACAUAAAGAAUAUAAACGGAAACAUUUUAGGAAAUGGUCGUACAUCUAGAAUGUUAGAGCCAAAAAUGGAAGCUCGCGUAUUACAUGCACCAAGUAUAAGUGUUUUCCCAAAUUCUGCCGCCUAUUCGCCAAAAACAGUGUCAAGGUUGUCGUUCGAAGAGAGUGCAAGGACCCCCGUACUACAGUAUGCUCAUCCAGAGUUGGGCGUUCAAGCGGCAAAAUAUGAACCACCUGUUCCUGUUCCUGUUGCUUCUGUAGAGGAAACUCAAAGAGACGGUAGAAGACAACAAGCACUUUCAUAUUUUGGUCAUGAUAUUCAUGCAGAUAGGAGUCCUUAUGCAUUCGAACCUGGUUUAGAAAAAGAAUCAAGAGUAAAAGUUCCUAAGAAAUACACUCCGCAAUAUAGUUUACCCGAAAAACAGGGAAAAUAUGGCCCUAGUUAUUAUAUUAAUGAUGAUGAAGCAUCGUUUUGGACCCUAAUGAAAAAUAAAAUGAGAACUAGUUUCGAUAAGAUGUCCGAUUUGACGAGACCCGUGGUCGAUCCAUUAGUGGAAGCUACACACAAAAUUACAGGAAAUUUAGGUUUUGGAAACGGAAACCGUGAACUUACUAAUGUGGUCAAAGAAAAGCUUGGUAUGGUAGCCACACCAUCAAUUUUGUUACCUGCACUGGGUCUGGUAGCCGGAGGAGCAGCUUUAGGACUAGGUGCAGUAGCAGUAGGAAGGUACCUCGAUUAUGACGUGGUAAAAAUGAGAAAUAAUGAUGAUAUAAUAGAAUUCCAACGAUCAUUAAAUAGAUCAUAUCAACCAAUUUUAAUACAGCCUGCAGAAGAAAUAGAAAAUAAAGACACAAAAACUGAAAAAGAAGCUAAACCACUAAAUAGAAAAAGAAGAUCAUUGUAUUAUAAAAAAGGAAGACCAUAUACUAAUCGUAAAAUAAGAAAAGUUAAAUUAACUUUAAAAACAGAAUAGUUUCCUCGUAAUUGUUAUGAUAGUAAAUAAAUAAAUAAUUAAAUAUUUAUAAGCUUAAU